AAGAUCCUGCAGCUGGAGAUGGACACUAUGUUGCAAAAUAAGACUCCUCCUCCUGCUCUGGGCUUCAUCCCCUGCCUCCUCCUACAAUCCUCAGUUUCUUUUAGUGUCCUCAGAAGGAGACGACACACUUUUUUCAAGUCUAGUGGCUGGAGCACUGAUCAGGGCCUCAGGUCUAAGAUCACGCCACACCCAGGGGCCACUGAUUUAUUCAAGCGCCCCUCCAGCUGAUCUUCAUUGCCCUUUAGCCUUCCCGCUCUCCGGAGGUCUGCAGGCUGGCUCCUCAUCCCCUACGCUGCUUUCCCGCUCUACGGAGGUCUGCAUCAGCGGUUUACAUCCACCUGGGUGUAUAACGGGGAAGUCAUCCACAGGGCCCAACUCAGCUGGCUGUCUUUCUGUUGACCUUUCUUGCCUGGAGACUAUCCCACAGCCAUACCUCUGCUUCAUCUAACGGAGGGCGAUUCCCCUGCCUCAAAAAAAAAAAAAAAAAACAAAAAAAAAAAAACAAAGGGUGUUUAAGUAAUUGACGGGGAAAUUUUUUCCUAUUACUCCUGCCAGUUUCCCACGAAGGAGCAAUAUGGCUAACAAGGCAGAUGAGCCCAGGACCUCCAAGUCCUCAGCUCAAACUCACCCUCAGGUCUCUUUUUUAGCCUGCUCAAAUUGUAAAACUAAAUUUCCUUCAGCCUCGGCUGACUCAUUGUGUGGGGCCUGCAGAAACUCCGAUUUACCACCCCUACCUCAGGCUAGUACUUCGGAUCCAGAUUUACUUAGGGCUAUUUCCCUCUCACUCGCAGGCAUUCAACAUUUGGCCCGCAUACCCGAGACCCUAGACAAGGUUCUGGAACACUUAUCUCAACCUUCUCAUUCUCAACUCCGCCUGGGGAAGAACAAACGCCCCCCCCCUUCUCCUCCGGACUCCCCUGGGGAUCACCCUUCCCCUUCUGAUGAGGAAGGCCAGGUCCUAUCAGCCGAGGACUCCGAUCCGGACCUCCCUGAUCCCGACAUAGACACUCCCAGAACUCAAGGGGAAGUGGAAGGACUUAUCCAAGCUGUCCUGAACACGCUCAACAUAGAGGAUGACUCUCCCUCGAUCGAGCCAGCAAAGAACAUCUUUAAGCGACACAAGAAAAGUUCAUGCAUAUUCCCUGCAUACGAACAGCUCGAUGACAUCAUCAAGUCCCAAUGGAAAAACCCUGAUCACAGAGUGCAACUCUCCAAACGGUUCACACAGACAUACCCUUUUCCUAAGGAGUGCAUUGAUCUCUGGUCCUCCCCUCCUGCAGUCGAUCCUCCGGUUUCCAGAUUAUCCAGAAAUACCACCAUUCCUGUCGCCGAUGCGGCCGCUUUCAAAGAUCCCAUAGACAAGCGUCUGGAGGGAUUCUGCAAGUCCUCCUUCACCGCCUCCGGCUCGGCCUUCCGGCCCAUCUUUGCUAUCGCCUGGGUGGCUAAGGCCAUGGAAGUCUGGGUGGAACAGGCGGCACAACUCAUAGGAUCCGAAGAUCCUACUACUGACAACAUCCUUUCACAAAUAGCUGAUGCUACUACCUACAUCGGAGACGCAGCACUCGAUGCAGCAAGGUUGGUGGCUCAAGCCUCAGCCCACUCCGUAGCCGCUCGUAGAUAUUUGUGGCUGAAGUCCUGGUCCGCUGACCUAACCUCCAAACGCUCCCUUGUCAGCAUCCCCUUUCAGGGUAAACUCCUCUUCGGGGCCGAACUGGAUAAGAUCAUUUCUCAGGCGACUGGGGGAAGAGCACGCUCCUCCCACAAACUAGACCCAAGAGACCCCCCUUCAAGAGGAGACCCUUUUUUCGUCCCUUCAGGCAAGGACAAAGGUCGAAGACGCAAUCCGAUAAGUCCAACUCCAACUUUCGCUCCCGAUUUCAGGGCAAACAAAGACAGCCCUGGUCCUCUUCCAAGCCUACCUCCAAGCCCUCACAAGACAAACCCCACACCGCAUGAAGGUGUGCCCCCUCCCGAAGGGAUACCCUUAGGAGGCCGACUCAAAUCCUUUCGAGAGGUUUGGCACAACAAGAUUCGGGAUCAGUGGGUCCUUCGGGUCAUUUCCCAAGGACUUCUUAUAGACUUUUCUCACACGCCCCCUCACCGAUUUUUCGUGUCCAGACUGCCGGCCAAGGCUCCCGACAGAACCAAAUUCCUUUCCGUCAUACAAGACCUGGCCAAGGAGGGCACCAUUCAACCUGUCCCACCACACUCCAAGGGAAGGGGCUACUAUUCCAACCUCUUCAUGGUCCCCAAAAAGGACGGCUCCCUCAGACCCAUCCUAGACCUGAAGGACCUCAACCCCUUCGUCAAACGGUGCCAUUUCAAAAUGGAGUCAAUACCAUCAGUCCUUGCCUCCAUGGAGGAGAACGAGUUCAUGACAGUCAUCGACAUCAAGGACGCAUAUCUCCAUAUACCUAUUCACCCCGCUCAUCACGGCUUCCUCAGAUUCUUCGUGGACGGGAAUCAUUGGCAAUUCGUGGCUCUGCCCUUCGGCCUCUCGUCAGCUCCACGCACCUUCACCAAAGUCAUGGCGGCAGCAUUGGAGGAACUCCGACUCAAAGGCAUCCCUGUCAUUCCCUAUUUAGACGAUCUACUCGUCAAAGGUCAGACCGCCCCUCUGGCUCAUCUGCACACAUCUCAAGUUCUCCAGACCCUGACAUCUCUGGGCUGGACGAUCAACUUCAACAAGUCGAACCUCCACCCGUCUCAAUCAAUACAAUACCUCGGCCUGAUCCUGGACUCCAGGCAGGGGAGAGCCUUUCUACCGCAAGACAAGGUCCGCACCCUCCAGACUCGGAUCAGAUCCCUCCUGGGAUCCAACAAGGUUCCCCUUCGAUCAGCAAUGCAGACUUUGGGCACGAUGGUGGCAUCCUUCCCGGCCAUCCCGUAUGCUCAGUCCCACACCAGACCACUUCAACACACCAUCCUUCUGCACCAGCGCAGGGACCGGGUCAACCUCGAUCGCAAGAUCUCCAUUCCCAGUCGAGUACUCCUCUCUCUCCAUUGGUGGCUUCACCCACUUCGAACGACAGGGGGAAAACCCUUUCCACCUCAUCACUGGAAGAUUCUCACCACGGAUGCCAGUCUUCGAGGGUGGGGUGGCGUCAUAGACCAAACCACAGUACAGGGUCUAUGGACUCCGGAGGAACGGCGCCUGCCCAUCAACCUUCUGGAGCUCAGGGCGAUCCGCUACUCCCUGGAACGUACGGAGACAGUACUCCGGGGUCACCCUGUAAGAAUCCAGUCCGACAACGUGACGGCCGUAGCCUACAUAAAUCAUCAGGGAGGCACAAGAAGUCUUGCGGCUCUCAGGGAGGCUCGGGAGAUCCUCCUUUGGGCAGAGAACAACGUUCCCGCCAUCUCGGCGGUCCACAUACCCGGGGUGGACAAUUGGUUGGCGGACUACCUGAGCAGACAAACAAUAGACCACGGGGAAUGGAGCCUCCACCACGAAGUGUUCCGACUCAUUGUGGCGAGGUGGGGCCUUCCAGACAUCGAUCUCAUGGCGUCCAGGGCCAACCGGCAGGUUCCGUCCUUCGUCUCCAGGAGCCUCGACCCCUUGGCUCACGCGGUGGACGCCCUAGUGAUUCCGUGGAGCUUCUCCAGAGUUUACAUCUUCCCCCCUCUGGCACUCCUACCAAAGGUGAUCAAAAAGAUCAAAAGAGAAGGAACCCAGACUAUCUUGGUGGCGCCCUUCUGGCCCCGCAGGGCCUGGUUCGCAGAUCUCAUCGCCAUGGCCGCGGACAGUCCCUUCCGUCUUCCUCCACGGCCAGACCUCCUCACUCAGGGUCCGGUUGUCCACCCGAAUUCUCAUCUCUGGGCUUUAACGGCGUGGCUCUUGAGGCCUUGAUUCUGCGGGCUUCUGGAGCGCCCACUGAUGCGAUUCCCACCAUGCUGCGAGCUCGGAAGCCUGUCUCAGCAAGAAUCUACCACCGUGUUUGGAGAACCUUCAUAUCAUGGUGUGAGCACGGAGCCAUUAAUCCUCAAA